AUGUGGGACAAAGUUGUUUACAUUUUUAUAAUAACAAUAGCGACGUAUAUAUUGAAACAACUGUUUUCCGAAACGCCCAAUUAUGUAAAAUUUCAGUCAAAAUUCCUUGUUUUUUACAUUUGGGCGUCUGUGAUAAGUUUGUUUAUGCUGCCGUUUUUCGUAUUCAACCCAAGAAAUGUUUUGAAUUCUUUAUAUGGUGUUCAAUUAAUUAAACAUAUAACCAAACUUAUGGAAAUAAAAUGGGUGUUGAGAAAUGGUAAAGUUCUUAUUGAGGAUAGAGGAGCUGUCAUUGUAUCGAACCAUCAGUCUUCUAUUGAUAUAUUGGGUAUGUUUAACAUAUGGCAUGUAGCAGUGAAAAUAGCUGCAGUCGCCAGAAAGGAGUUAUUUUAUAUUUGGCCAUUUGGUUUAUCGGCAUAUCUUGCAGGAGUUAUAUUCAUUGACAGAAAUAACUCAAAGGAUGCUUACAAAACUCUCAAAGCCACAACUGACAUCAUGAUUAAAAAUAAGACAAAGCUUUGGCUAUUUCCUGAAGGUACAAGGAAUAAAGACUUCACAAAGUUGUUACCAUUCAAAAAAGGAGCCUUCAACAUAGCUGUCGCCGCUCAAGUUCCCAUCAUUCCAGUUGUAAUCUCACCAUACUAUUUUAUAAAUAGUAAAAAAUAUAUAUUUAACAAAGGUCACGCAAUAAUUCAAUGUCUGGAACCAGUGCCAACUGUGGGUCUUACAAUAGAUGAUGUACCGAAACUCAAGGAUGAAAUCCAGAACAUUAUGGAAAGUGCGUACAAAGAACUAUCGAAGGAAGUCCUAAGUGGUCUACCACCAAACUACCCCCUUGCUACACAGGACUAA